GAGACCAAGUAUUUCACACAGCGGAAAACAGGAGAAGAAUGGAGUUCUGUUUUUAACUUCUGGCAAAUAAACACGAAGGCGCCCGCGCCGCAGCUCAGAGUCUGGCCGCCAUGUCGGCUCCCCCGGACGAGGCUUUCCGGGGCUACGCGAACUUCAGAACCUACGCCCGCGGCGGACCCCGCGGAGCCCCUCGUGCCGGCGGCCGCUGCAGCUCCUGGAGAAGCCACAUCGCCGUCAUUCUGGUCGUGUUUUAUCCAAAAAAUAUUUCAACCGUUUAUAAGAAACCGUAUAAGCUUUUGUCCGAAGUAGCAGAGUGUAAGAAUGGGGAAGUAGGGGAGGAAAACGCGAGAGGCUCUCGAGUAUGUGCGCGUAGGAACAUCCUCAUCCAUGUGAUUUCGUUCCCCACAGCUGCUUGCGGCGCUAUCUUCGCAUCGUACCUGGACGGCUGGUCUCUGCACGCUCUGAGGGCACUGGAUCUACAACCUACCCCCUCUGGUCGCAGCGGACAUGUCAACGCUGCUUCCAACGGUCCUAACAAUGCCAAUGACUUCCACGGUUCUGUCGUUAACAUCUCUAGCAAGAAUUAUUCUAGCUACAAUGGCGCUGCCUUCAAUCGCUCUACUGAAAAUGUCUUCCAGUACAUUCAUCGUAGUUUCGAAGAUAUUGCUUUGGAUGGUCUCACUCUCAACAGUUCUGCCUUCAAUGGUCAUGUUUUUGAUAGUCCUACCUUCGACAAACUUGCUUUGAACGACUCUAGCAACAACAUUCCCGUCGAAGACUCAGUGUUCAAUGAUCCUUCCUUCAGUGACAGUGCGUUUAAUGUACCUGCUCUUUACGAAGAACUCUCCAACGGAACUGACUCCAUCAGUUAUCCUUUGAACAAGAAAGGCUUAAACCGACAUACUUACGCCGAAUGGGCCUUGAACUACCCUGUCAAGAACGGUACUGCUUUAAACGGCCGAGCCGAGAACGGUUCUGCCUUAGAUGACCGUGCCAAGAACGGUUCUGCCUUAGACGACCGUGCGAAGAACGGUUGUGCCCUAAACGGCACUGUCUUAGACAAUCGUACCUAUAAACAUUUUGCCUUGAAUGACGGUGCCUACAACAGUUCUGCCUUUAACUACCAUGUCGGCAAAGAUUUUUCCUUGAAUGCUUCUCUCUUGUCUGAACGUGAUAACGGUUCUGUCAUGUAUACUAUCUUACACGACAACGGUCCUGCCUUAUAUGACAUUGGUGAGAACGGAUCGGUCUCAAACUAUCGUGAUGAGAAUGAUCUUCCCUUGAACAAUCUUAGCAACAAUGAUUCUGCCUUAAAUGAUCAUUAUUUUGACGACCGAGGUGUCAAAUGUGCUACCUUAAAUAGGCCUUCCUUGGACGACUGUGAUGACAAUGGUUCUGUCUUAAGCAGUCCUUCCUUGGACGACCGUGGUGACAAAAGUUCUGACGUAAAUGAUCUUUACUUGAUUGACCGUGAGGAUAACGACUCUGCCGAAAGUAGUCCCUCCGUGAAAGACUAUGGGGACAACAGACCUGCCUCGACCACCCGUGGUGACAAUGGCCAUGUCUUCAAUGGUCCUGCUGACCCUGCCUUGCACGGCCAUACUGGCAACCGCCCCUUCUUCAACAUGGGCGGCGCCACCGGCACCUCCAAGGGCAGCACCACCCACGCUGGCGCGCUUGACGGUUUCUGGUCCUUUCACCCCACUCUCCUGCACGCAAUGAUGCCGGUGGGCUCGGCGCUGGCUGCCUGGGCCUUCGGACGAGGCGCCGACCGCCUGGGCCGCCGCUUCGCGCUGCUCGCCUGCGGGCUGGUCGGCGCGCUGGCCUGGCUGCUGCUGCUCUGCGAGCGCUCCUCCGUGCAGUGGGUGUGUGCGUCGCGCAUCCUCGUCGGUGUCCAGAUGGGCGCCAUCUUUACCGUCUUCCCGGUCUACGUGGCCGAGAUCGCCCAUGUAAGACUCUGCCCCGCUCGACGCAGCAAAGUUGUGUAA